CAUUUCUUCAGUCAUCGUUUGCAACUCCGAGCGCGAAGUUACUAUACAUCUAAUAUCUCGAGAUAUAGCUUUUAGCUAUACGGCCCACACGAUGGUGAGAGUACGUUUGGCGCUUGUACUCGCGUUCCUCGUCUCGGCUACCGUCUGUCACAACAUCACGCUGACGAACGAUCAGCUGGACACUUACAUCAAGACUUGCUUGACGAAAACGAGAAUUAGUCAAGCUUUCUACAAGAGCGACGACGAAAACCUCAAGCGCCUGAGCGAGCGUCAAAAGUCCUGCUUUCUCGCCUGCAUGUUCAAAAAAAGCGGAAUCAUAAGCGACGAUGGCACCGUAAGCUCGGUGACGGACGAUCAGGAGGACAGCGCGACCAACAAGGCGAUCAAGCGCUGCACCAAACGCGCCAAGGGUGACAUCUGCAGGCUGGCCUGGUGUCUGCGCAAACUGGAAAAGUUCAGCUUACCGAUCAUCGUGCAGAAGCCCCGCAUAGUGCAGUACUGAGUCGACGUUGAUGUAGCAUACAAUAAUAUACGUAUUAUAGACGCGCGCGACGAUAUAUGUAAAUAUACAUGAAUACUAAACUAUAGUGGCCAUAAGACGCGAGUUCGAUCGUACUUCAGUGAAGAUGAAUCUCGUUAUCAGUGUGUAAACACGCUCCACCACGAGCCCGCGCACUCGAGCUAUCG